AGGGACCCACAGAGUUCAGGAGGAUUGUACUCUGGAGCUCAGGACCAGAGCUGGGAUCCUCGGAUCAAGGGCCCUUUUCUGCACUGACAUUCCUCACUAGAGAGAGAAUCGGUUCUUUUUCCAACUUCAAGCUGUGUUUGAUCAGAAGGAGAGGGAGUCAGUGCCUCUGAGAAGCGAAGAGGGAACCUCACUCCUCUGUGAUUCCAAGAGCCCAAUCAGGCAUGAAGAAUCUUUAGCUCAAUACGUCGUUUGAACAUCAAGCGAGGAUAAAGCAACAUGGAUGCCAUCAGCCAAACCUCCCCAGAGGCAGUGCUGCCUAAGCACAUCCUGGACAUCUGGGUCAUCGUCCUCAUUAUCCUGGCUACCAUCGUGAUCAUGACUUCCUUGGUGCUGUGCCCAGCCACUGCUGUUAUCAUUUACCGAAUUCGGACUCAUCCCAUACUCAAUCAGGCCUUUUGAAGCCUCAGGAUGCUGGGGGUGGGUGGGGUGCUAGUCUGGGCUUUUGAUGCCUGGGCAUGGCCCUGAAAACUUCCCCCCCACUUAGCAGGGUAAUGAUGAAAGCCUUUCCAUUAGGGAAAAUGGUUUGAAGCUACCAAACGGAACUAGAUCUUGUCCGUGAAAAUGCCUUUUAUGAUGUACUUCUCCAUCAGCACCCAUCAACAGUGAUGGAGGAAGGAAGCUUUUCUGGUAGGGCUAGUCUCCUGUCAAGCAGAUCCGGUCCAGUUUCAGGAUAUACAAGAUAUAAGAUGGAACCUCCUGGGGCUGGAACUUCUGGAAAUCAGAGAUGAUCCAAGAGACAUCAUCAAAGACAGGGAUGAUGGAGGAGUUACUUCUUUCUUCCUACAUCCCUUUAAAAGUUCUUCCAGUCACCAACAAAGCCCUGCCUAUUCUGGGAAAUCCCCUGCCAAAUUUUCUAUCAUGUUAAAUUCCUGGUAGGACGUGGUUCUUAGCUAGUUGCAAGUUAGCUAAAGUGCUAGCUCAUUGUAGUUUAAAGUCCCUUUCCUUUUUAGGCCAUUUACACUUCAAUAAAAUAUAUAUUCAAGUCAAGGAAUGACUAUUGUCGGUCAAUAAGCAUUUAUUAAGCACCUACUAUGGGCCAGGCAUUGUGCUAAGCUCUGGAGAUGUACAAAGAAAGGCAAAAAAAAAAAAAACUAAAAAAAGGUCCCAUACUCUCAGGGAACUCAUAGAUCUCAGGCAUUGUGACAGUCCCUUGGGAGAUAUUUGGGGAGGGGGCUCUUUCAGACGUCUGGUCCUGUCCUCCAGCCAGGAGCAUAUCUCUUGUACUAUUAUGAUAUGGUAUCUUUAGCUGGAAGAGGGUAAAGAGUUUGACUGGAGCAGGGAAAGUUGAAUGUAGCAUUUCCUAAAUUCUUGCCUCUGUUAAUGAUGGGAUAUGGGCUCUGGACUGCCCCCUCCCAUCCCACUUUGAACUUUCGAUCCAGCCCCUGAACUUUCCCACAAGGCCAAGUCUCUGCCAUUCCAUGAGGUGUUGCCCAUCCCAGUAAUCCUUUUAUUGUUGGCCCUUCAUUCAGUUACCUUUGACCCAGCCCAGACUUUCAUUGUCUGUUACCUCCAGCACACUCCAGGCUAUUGGCUGUUCCUAGAUUACAUCCAGAUCUUCCCAAAGUCUUUCUGUAUAAAAGGUCCGUCUUGUACCCCCAUUAAGUUGCUCAGAUUCCUUAAGAGUCUGGCCCACUUGUACUGGUAUCACAAAUGUGUGGAUUCUUAAAAUCUAGCCCUCUCCAACUGGUGUUUUAAUAAACCU